AGCGGCGGCGGCGGCGGCGGCCCAAGAUGGCGGAGCUGCAGCUGGACCCGGCGAUGGCUGGGCUGGGAGGGGGUGGCGGGAGCGGGCUGGGCGACGGGGGCGGCCCGGGCCGCGGGCCCCCCAGCCCUCGCCCCGCUGGCCCCACGCCCCGCGGGCACGGCCGCCCGCCCGCCGCCGCAGCGCAGCCGCUGGAGCCCGGUCCCGGACCGCCCGAGCGGGCAGGGGGCGGCGGCGCAGCCCGCUGGGUCCGGCUGAACGUGGGAGGCACCUACUUCGUGACCACCAGACAGACCCUAGGCCGGGAACCCAAGUCUUUCCUCUGCCGCCUCUGCUGCCAGGAGGACCCGGAGCUGGACUCGGACAAGGACGAGACAGGGGCCUAUCUGAUUGACAGGGACCCCACCUACUUUGGUCCUAUCCUAAACUACCUCCGCCAUGGGAAACUCAUCAUUACGAAGGAGUUGGCAGAAGAAGGUGUGCUGGAAGAAGCGGAGUUUUACAACAUUGCAUCUCUGGUGCGCCUGGUAAAGGAAAGGAUACGGGACAAUGAGAACAGAACUUCACAAGGCCCCGUGAAGCACGUGUACAGAGUCCUGCAGUGCCAAGAGGAGGAGCUUACCCAGAUGGUCUCCACUAUGUCCGAUGGUUGGAAAUUCGAGCAGCUGAUCAGCAUUGGCUCUUCCUAUAACUAUGGCAAUGAGGAUCAGGCAGAGUUCCUCUGUGUCGUCUCCAGAGAACUAAAUAAUUCUACCAAUGGCAUAGUCAUAGAGCCGAGUGAAAAGGCGAAGAUUCUUCAGGAGAGAGGAUCUCGGAUGUGAAUUCCAGAAUCCUGAACAUCCAGAAAGCAACAGCAGAGCACCUCCGUGAAGUCCAAUCUUGCUCCUCUCCUGUACAGUAACCAAGCUCCUGCGAAGCGAAGCUGAGCCUGGCCUCCCAGUGGAGAAGUAUUCCGGUCAAAACCAAAGGAACCCCACCCCCAGCCCCACUCCCAGGAACCCGAAGACAGAUACACCUUCUGGCUGCAGAAUACCUUUUCAAAAACCUUUUGUUUUCUUAGCCAGUGUUAUGAGAAAUCUUUAUAGCAGCAGCUGGGCUGGGUUCCCAGUUGGAGCCCUUAGGGGAUCUGGGGGAUGGGAAGCGGAACACCUGGCUCCUUGCACAUGCCUACUUCAGGGAAGCUGGAGCAAAUGGAAGAGGGCUGUCCCUGAGCUGUGCCAUGUUUUCACCUGAGUGUGCCAUGUUGGACGCUGGCAGCUGUUUGUACACUAUCUUUCCCCUCCUAUACACCCAGAGUAAUGGAGCAGAUGCAGAGGAUUCUAGCUUCAGUUUAUCAAGUUGAAUUGAGGUGUUGGAUAAAGGGUAGAGUUGCCAGAGUACCCAACAUUCCUGUGACCAAAGCCUCUUUGAGGAAGGGGAGGAUGGGGUGUCGUUGGUUGUGGGUGGAGGUUGGGGAUGGUUGCUCUGGAUUACGGCACUUGGCUGCCACCAUGUUCAGCUUUGUGUCAUUUGUCUCCAGCAGCCUGGACCCUCCACAUAGCUUGCUUUGUUCCCAAGAAGAGGGUGGAGGCAGGCGGCAUCCUGCACUGAAUCAGACAGACAGAUGGGAGCUUUAGGUAUUUGGUGUACCUGCUUCUGCAGCCUUUUCCUGCCCUCCGUUGGCUCAUCUUCCUUCCCUGACUUUUUAAACUGGUCCAAGGAUAAAGGGACUUUGGGCCCUCUGAUGGCUUGGGGUGGGGACAGCUGUUUCUUUGUAAGUUGCCAAAUGUGUUAUGUUGUAGUAUCCAGAAGUGUUGUUAUUUCUGUGAUUGUCUCUUGGAAAUGCCUUGACUGAACGUGUGAUAUUUGUAUUUCUUCUUGGUAUCUAACCUUGGCCAACCUACCCUGCAGCCUCGUCUGUGACCCCACACAAUCCCCAGUAGUGUGUAUACGUUUGCCGGGCAGUCUGAGGACUCCCUGCAUCUCUGACCCCACCCCUCACCAUCACUUCUUUCUAUGGAGUGCCAUGUCAUCAGGGAUCAAAUGCUCGUUUGAUGGUGGGGAGCAGAGCCCUCCUUUGGGCUGUGACCACAGAGCUUAUAUCUGGAUUUUUCUGAGAUCUUGAGUCUUGUGAGCAGUUGCUAAAUGCAGAGGGGCCGGAGAAUCCUUAUUUUUCCCCAGAUGACUUUCAGAGUGUGGCACACGGUCCAGAGAAGGGGAAGGUGCCUCUGAGGAAUGCUCCAUCUAUAAAAGUCACCUCAAGCUGUUCGCUCCUGGAUCCCUUCACGGUUGAGGUUCUCUGCUCCGCAGCUUAACUCUUUACUGGGUGGGUCUGGGGUCGUAAUUUUUGGAAAUGACUAUUGACUGUGCCAAAUGUCUUUUGAGCUUGUAACCUGCCCAUGCCCAGAUGGCACGACUCUUCUCCAGGAUUCUCACUUUGACCUUAUUUCUCUGUGUAUAGAGUAGGAUAGAAAUGUGUGCAACGGUGUCUGCUGAUACACGUGUGUCUGCACACCAACGUGAGCUUGCGUGUUGGCACCUCUGAAGUCUGGCCCAUGCCCAAGAUUUUUACAGCUGUAAAAUAUUAGAGACACUUCUACCUACAGUCAAAGUAGUCACCUUUUCAAAAAGGUUGCAGGCAUCCAUCCUAUCACCUUUCAGGAAAAAAAAAAGAUCUGAGUGCAUCAAGCUGCUCUGACCAGAGUAGGAGAGAAGACUUUGGAAGAGGUGCUCUUUGGCCAAUUCGAGGAAGUGACAUCAGACUGAAAGGAGGAAAAGCAGCUUCAUUUGGGGCCUUGUGCCUGAUCAGAUUUGCUUUCCUGGGGCUCGAUGCCUGAUAAUCAGCCUCUGGUCCCGAGCCGGCAAGAAGGCGUGAGAAGGGCUAGAGGGCAGACGUGGGCAAGCCCCGCAGGAACGUGUUGUUACUUUCGUUUCUCUUUUUGGAAUUCCGCAGUGGGCCCUGUAAGAAGACUCCUGAGCCCCUUGCUAAGUGUUCUUGGAAGCAGACAUAGUGAUAUUUCUGCUCUCCUAGAGGGCUGGCUAUCACCAAGUUUCCCUGCUCACGGCCCCCAAGUGAUAAUUUAAAUUUUUCCAAUGCUCCAGAAAUCUGAGGAUGAUUCAUUUCUUAAGGUUUCUGGAAAAGUAUUUUACGCAAGCCCCUUAUGAACCAGGUUGGUGUUUUUCUUGAAAGCCAUGUGCCCCUGGGAGAGUCUGGCUGAUAACCUCAGAGAGAGAUCUGGCAUUGGUUUGGGGGUGUCACAUGACCAGUGCCCCACACCCUCCAGCUGCCCAGUGCUGCCAAGCAGGGAGUGUCUUCCUGCUUCUCUGCCCAGGUCUGGGGCCGCGGGUGAUGCAGGCCAGGCCCAGGAGCAGCCUUGCCUCUCCUGAGUGAUAUCAGACAAAUUAGCUCACUUAUUCUUUUCCUCAGAACUUGCUUUUUCCUUGGCAGUGAGGUGGGGUCCAACCUCUAGAGUGACUUUGUUUCCACACAGUUAACUGAUGUCAGGGGUGUCAGCAAGAUGUGGGAGAAGAAGGAACAGAGAUGCUGAGGGAGUAGGGCUGAGAGGACACCCACACCCUCCAGCAUGGCCUUUGAUCCAGACAUUAGGGACCAUGCCUGUCACUUGUGGGUGCCCCUUGUUACCGUUUGUGUGUUUGAAUAAAGUCUGAAAUGCUGUGACCUUUUUUUUUGUCAAUAAAGACAUGAAACAAACUUGUGAA